AAAAGGCGAGACUCCCGACCGACAACUCAACUCAAGAGGAAACAGAGGUUGGAAAGAGGAAACAAGAGGUUGGAAAGCGGAAACAAGGGAAAAAGAGGCCUGCCAAGUGAUUCAGAGCCACACUAAGAGAAAUAAGGAAGGUAAAGGAGAGAAAACAGGAGCUGAAGAAGAGAAAACAAACCGAGGAAGAAAAAGAAACUGAUCGAAGAAUAAGCUACAGAAGACAAGGAACUGAAGAGGAUUGAGAUAGAAAGAACUCCACCUUGGACGAUUCUGGGCAUAUUCCUCCUACUCAAGAAGAACAAAAAAAAAAACCGUACAAGAAAAAAACUAAAAACAAAACACGAGAAAUAAGUAAAACAAGACCAAGAAGAGACAAAAAACAAACACACUGAUACUGUGCCAAGAGGGAAAGGAAAGGAGGGAUAUGCGUCUGUCAGUGGGCAUGUGUCCCUCGCUAACAGCUGAGGUGGUGGAGAAGCUCAGGGCUCAGGGGGUGAAGAGUGUGAGGGAGCUGCUGUUAAGGGACUGCGAAGAGCUGGCAAGGAAGGCAUCUGUUAGCUAUAGGGAGCUCCGCAGCAUCCGCCGGGUUGCCAUCGCCCACCACUCUGUCUUCCCUGUGUCGGGCCAAGACCUGCUGAGUGAGGCCAUCCACACCACCCAAGUCUUGUCCACCGGCUCCAAAGAGCUGGACAAGCUUCUCGGGGGCGGCCUGGCGACUGGCGAUGUUGUGGAGGUGUGUGGACAGGCGGGUGAAGGCAAGACGUCCCUGUGCCUUCGCUUAGCUCUGCACACCGCCCAAGAGCUUGGCAUCUGCGUGCUGUAUGUGGACUCUAUGGGAGGUCUCUCUCCCCUCAGGAUUAACCCCAUAGUCGAGGCGUUACCACAAGAUCCGAAGACAGAAGAGGCGCUAAGUCGCAUCAAGGUGGUGGGAGCCUACGACGUGUGGGAGCUGUUCGACGCACUCACCAUCCCCACGCAGCCCUUCGUCCCCGUCAGGCAGGGUGGGGCUGGGGCUGGUGCUGGAGUGACCCUGAGCAAGAUUAAACUGGUGGUUGUGGACUCGGUAGCGACCAUCCUGUUCCCUCAUAUAUGUGGACAGCAAUCAAAGCAAGGGCUAGCGAUGAUGAACCAGCUAGCCGUGCGCCUGAAAACACUAGCCAGGGAACAGCAUUUGGCGGUGGUGGUGGUGAAUGAUGUGGUGCAGGCCAGGGGUGCUGAUGAGGACUACACCACCAACACCACCACCAGUGUCUCAAAUUCUCAGUUCAAUCCAGCGCUCGGAAGAUUAUGGCGAUCCGUCCCACACAUCCGCCUCUACAUCAAACGGACAAGGCAGUGCAUCGGCAAACGCGUACUGGUGAAGGACUCAGAAGGGGACUACCUGGCCCCUAGAAGCCCCCUGGAGCUGAUGGUGGCAGUGUGGAAGGGGACAAGAGUGAAGGAGAGGAGGGCUGUGGUUAAGUUUCCCGAGAAGUCUGUUGCACACUAGCUCCCGUCCCUCGAUUCCUGCUCCUCUUAAGAAUGUCCGUGGAUGGCUUUGAUGCAGGAGAAUGAGAAUGAUUGUGAGUUACCAGCACUGUAUGAGGCUUUGUGGUAGGGAAAUGAUACUGUCUGUGAUUAAUGGUAGCUACCCGAUCCCCUUUCCAGUUGCUCUUAAGAACGUCCGUGGAUGGGUUUGAUGUGGGAGAAUGAAAAUGAUUGAGUUACCAGUACUGCAUGAGGCUUUGCAGUAGGGAAAUGGUACUGUCUGUGGGUAAUGGUAGCUAUCCGUCCCUCUAUUCCUGCUCCUCUUAAGAAUGUCUGCGGAUCGGUCUGAUGCAGGAAAAUGACAAUGUUUGUGAAUCUCCGUGUGAAUCUAUUAGUUGUAGGAAAAUGAGGAAGAAAGUGAAGAAAAGGAGGAAGUGUGAUUCAUUAUCGGUUAUUGAUGUAUUGCGAUAUUCUGUUUGUUUUUUGUGUUUCUUUUGUUCUGUUUGAGUUAUAUUUUAUUUCACAGGUUAUGUUAUGUGAAGAAUAAGAGGAAGAGUGAUUUAUUAUCAGUUAUUAAUGUAUUGUGAUAUUCUGUUUAUUUCUUAAUAUACGUUUUUGUAGUUUAUUCGUUAUUUUUUAUUUCACACUUUAUUAUGUUAUGUUGGAUUGCCUUUAUUUUACUGUGUUCCAACUUUCUCAUAUUUUACUGUGUUCCAACUUUCUCAUAUUUUACUGUUUUCCAACUUUCUCAUAUGUCUCAUUCUGCCUUUUUCUAAGUGUCUUCAGUCUCUACCCUAUUGUUUGUGUUAUAGGAAGAGGUCAAGAACUAGUGAUAUUAUUUUUAAGUCCUCAGUUUAUUAUGUAUUGGAAUGGUCUGUUAUUUCCCGUGAUACUGAAGAGUUUAAUAAGAGCUAA